GGCGUUUCAUCUUGCAUUUUGCAUCUGUUAUUUGCGUAUAAUGUAUGAAUUUGCGUGCCAAUCAUUCUGCAGCAUUUGUGCCUUCAGUGCUUUGUCUGAAGCAGGAAGCAAGCAAAGGCUCAACGCAGCAGUUCGUUCUGGUCAGCCUACCGGGAACACGCAUCGAUCGAGGUCGGAAGAAAAGAGACCAGUUCACAACGUCGCGACCAAUCGGACACCCAGAUCAGUCACGGCGUCUCUGAGCCGCAAGCGAGACGAGGAACGGGAGGAGAGGAGAUCCAUGAUGAUCGCUCGACGAUGUGAAGAGGCGAUUGAAUUUGCUACUCAGGUCUUCUCCGAAGUUGCAAUGGCAAAAUCUCAAUUUGGAAAUUCGAACAAGGCCACGGUAUCCAAAAAAAUUGCUUCUACCGGUGGACCGUCGCAACGUGGUGCACCUACCUUGGCCAAUCGUGGGACGCGAAAACCUCCCCGAGUGAAAAUAUUGCAACAAAUCUCCCGUCCACAAAUCUCGAUAACUGAUGCCAAGCCUGCCACUAAGGGUGUCAUUUCGACACCUCGUCGGGGCCGGGGAAAGGAUCCUCGUCACCGCGGUGGACGUGGAGCUAGCCCUCUCUCUCCCACAGCUCCUCGGCGAGGCUUGGUGAGUCCAACUACAUCGCAAGCUCUCAUCUCGGACGAGGAGGAUCAACAGACCACCAUUUUGAGCGAUUGGUCAGUGGACAGCCAAGUGAAGCGUAUUCUGUCUCGGAAAGAGGAUGGUGCACUCGCUGGUCAUCUGGGCGGCUCACCAUCGUGGUCCACCGUAAGGGACGCAGAAACACCCAGGAUUUUCACUGUGAGUGGUUGGCCGACGACACAUGCGGAAUCGGAUCAGCUCACGGACGAUGGGAAUGCAGUGAGCACGACAACCUUCAUCGAUUGGAAUGAAAUUGAUCAAUUGCUUCAAAACAACUAGAUACUUGUUGACUGCUUUUAUUGUGCACUUCAUGUCAUGUGAAAAACACUGAUGUGCUAGUGUGUUACUGUGUUUCUUACGAACGAUAUGGUUACCCCCAAUUUGAACUCCUCA